AUGUUUUACCCCCCUUUCUGUCUCUACAGUCGCAUUAACAAGCAUCUUGGUGAACACAAAAUUGCUGUCAUUGAAGGAACAGAGUACUACAGUGACACCACAAAGGUCAUCCAUAACCCCAGAUAUAACUAUAGCCUGGACAAUGAGAUAAUGCUGAUCAAGCGGAACAGGGCUGUUGCCCUGAACCGCUAUGUGGGCACUGUGUCCCUGCCCUCCAGCUGCCCCAGCACCAGAAUCUACUGUCCAAUCCCUGGAUGGGGAAACACCCUCAGCUCUGGAGGUCAUUGCCAUUACACUGAUACUAUGAGGUGCCUGGUUGUCCCCGUCUUGAGUGACACCAACUGCAGGAGCUCCUAUCCCAGAAAGAUUACCUCCAACAUGUUCUCUUCUGGAUUCCUCGAGGGAGGUAAUGACUCCUGUAAGGGUGACUCUGGUGGCCCCGUAGUGUGCAACGGUCAGCUGCAGGCUGUGGUGUCCUGGGGUUACGGCUGUGCCCAGGCAAACCGGCCUGAGGUUUACACCAAGGUCUGCAACUACCACACCUGGACUUGCCACAUCAUUUCCUCCAACUAA